AUGAAGCAGGCUAGUGCACCUGUGUUGACAUGCUCCGUGUGCUCUGAGACAUUUCGAAGAGCCGAGCACCUGAAACGACAUACGUUAACUCAUAUCGAUGACAAACCACAUACUUGUUUAUUCUGCGACUCUCGGUACAAGCGAUCCGAUGCAUUGCGACGACACUGGAAGACUUGUCCACAACGAGUAGCGUCCGGUAUUCAGAUCCCAAAGCGCAGCUUAUCCGGAAAGCGAAAACAAGCAUGCGAUCAGUGUACCUCUCGUAAGCGAGCUUGUAGUGCGGGGCAGCCAUGCUCCGAGUGCUCUCUACGGGUCACGGAAUGUACCUAUAAUGGCGCACAAGCGCUCCGGAGGCUCUCGGAGGGCAGUAGUCAGAGACAGCCAGAUACAUUAGCAGACAGCGUCCAGUCGCGUCGUCAAAGACAGAAGACUUGGAAGAAUGACGACCUCAACUCCCAUACACAAAACGCACAGGCUUCGCAGACUCGGUUCGAUUUCCUUCUCAACUUCACCCAAGCCGCUGGACUCAACGAGGCGUAUAACUAUGGCACAAGCCAGUUAUCUCCAGUCGAUGUAGAUUUUGACAAUCUAGCAUCCGAAGGCUUUCCAUUCGAAGACUCUACGGUCUCAAACCCAUUCAGCUGCUAUCUAAACGAAGUGGCCAGUCUCUGGGGAGAUAUUGAUCUUUCUUCAUUGAUGGUUGACAAGUCGAGUCAAUUGUGGGAACUACUGAGCCAAAAGUCCAAUCAUUUCGACCUGUAUUCUCUUGACAUGGUCGGGUUCCUCUCGCCGCAAAACCUGACGCGGUGUCUUGAUUUGUUCUGGAGUCGUUGGUAUCGGCACUGUCCGAUCAUCCACAGAGCGACUUUUGACUUGGGGAACUGCUGGAUUUUACUCUUCGCAACAAUGGCACUUAUCGGAGCAUGCAUGUCUCCUCAACAAUCAGAUCAUCAAGCUGCAAAGCACCUUUUGGAUGUGGUGGAAGAGCUCAUAUUCUCAGGCCCGCUGUUCUCAGAGGUAGCUUUCACUGGAACGAGGAAGGAUGAUCAAUUGGGUACCCGCCAGAAUGUCGAAACAUUACAAGCAGCUUGCUUCAUGUGCCUGUUGCAAAAAUGGGAAGGGAGUGACUCCGCCAAACUACGAAUGCAGCGGCAUCGAUUCACUUCGUUCGUUGCGACGACAAGAGCAAUGGGCCUGUCUCAAGCAACCCACAGCCGAAGCAUGGGUACAAUGAUCAACGAUGCUCAGUGGAGAGAAUGGAUAUUGAAGGAGGAGAUGAUUCGCACUUUCAACCAUAUAUUCCUGCUCGAUUCUGCGUUUGUGAUAUUCCACAACGCUGUUCCGCGCAUGGUCUUGCAGGAAAUGACUAUUGACCUCACAUGCCCCGAAGCUGUCUUCCAAGCACCAACACCUGAGGAGUUCAUGAUUGCAAUCCAGUCCCAUCCUAUCCGACCCACGCCUCCUCUACUGACUGACUGUAUUCGCACACUAUGUGCAGAUCACCCCGAUCCGGCGAUACUGACCCAUAUUCACAGCGAGAGCGCUCUUAAUUUGUUUACUUUUGCGACAGGUAAGUGCCCAUAA